GCGGUGGUGACGGACAGCAGUGCGUGUUUUCUGUUCCCUGGGGCUGCGCUGUUUUCAACGGGACUCAGUGGCCCCGCUAUGGUCGCCUGACCCGAGCUGAAACUCCAUCCGUCCGCUUCCAUCUUUCUCCUAAACCUUCGCUCCAACUUUUCGGGAGUAAACUUUUUUUUGUUGGGGACUUUUGCCUCAGUUUUAUGUUCAGAAACAAGGAUGCAACCCCCACCGCGAAAGGUAAGGCUCACCCAGGAGCUGAGACACACUCAAGCCGAGCAGAUAAACCAGUUACAGAUGAAACACCAGACAGAAUGUGACCUGCUGGAUGAUAUGAGAACGUUCAGUCAGAAGAGGGCAGCUAUAGAGAAAGACUACGCCCAGGCUCUCCAGAAGCUGGCCAAUCAGUAUCUGAAGAGGGAAUGGUCCGACAGCGUUUCAGAAAAACAAACAGAUCACAGGAACAUGUUCUGUGUAUGGAGGACUUAUUUGGAGGGUACCGUCCAGGCCACCCAGUUCAGACUGGGCGCCUGCGAGAACUAUAAAGUUCAGGUUGCAGAUCCAGCCAAGAUGGCACGACUACAGAAGGAGCAGCAGCUCAGGAAGUGCAUUGAGCAGCUGACUGCGAUCCAGGCGGAGCUGCAGGACUCGGUGAAGGAGCUGACCAAGAGCAGGAAGAAGUAUCAGGAGGCUGAGACCAUGGCGCAGGCUGUCCGAGAAAAGACUGAACUCGAGACUAAGUCGAAGCUAAGUCUCUUCCAGUCGCGCUCCAGUCUCCAGAGAGCCAGUGUAAAGCUCAAAGCAAAAAGAAGUGAAUGCAACUCCAAAGCAACCCACGCCAGAAACGACUACCUUCUCACACUCGCAGCCUCCAACGCUCACCUGCAGCGGUACUACAGCACAGACCUCAUGAACUGUAUCAAGGUGUUAGACGGCCGAAUCUACGAGCAGGUUAAAGAUUACCUGGUGUCACUUUGUCAGACAGAGCUGGAAACGUACCAGGCUGUGCACAGCUCCUUCAGCCAGCUGCUGAGCAGCUCCAACGGGAUCCUCCAGGACUUUCACCAGCAGAUGUUUGUGCAGAAGGUUCCUGUGUUUCAACAAGCUUUAGAUUUCCUGUAUCAACCUAUCGACUCAGACACGGUGAUGCAUCUGCAGAGAGAGAGCGGAACGGCUGAGGAACACAGUUUGGACAAGGAGGCGAGGAAGUGGGCGAGCCGCGUAGCACGAGAAUACAAAAGCAUCAUACAUACACAGAGGGCCUUGGAGGAGUACGGGAACCAGGAGGCGUCUGAGCAGAGCAGCAGCGAGGUGGACGCCAAGAUGGAGGUGGCCAGGCAGAGUCUUCGGAGGGCAGAGACUGUGAAAGCAAAGGCCGAGGCCCGGCUGGACCUGCUGCGGCAGGCGGGAGUCGCCGUGGAAACGUGGCUGAAGAGUGCAAUGAACCAGGUUAUGGAGGAGCUGGAGAACGAACGCUGGAACAACCUCAGCUCCCAUGAUCCUUCACUCUCUGGAACGGCUGAUCUGGAGCGGGAGGAUGAGGAGAUGGAGGACAGCAGUGAGGUGUUGGAUGACAGCAGCUCCAGUCCUUCAAGCACCCUGAAAAACUAUCCGCUGACCUGCAAAGUGCUUUACUCCUACAAGGCGUCUCAGCCUGAUGAGCUGACCAUAGAGGAGCAGGAGAUCCUGGAGGUCAUUGAUGAUGGUGACAUGGAGGACUGGGUCAAGGCCAGGAACCGCAGUGGACAGGUUGGUUACGUCCCGGAGAAAUACCUGCAGCUUCCGUCCUCCAACAGCCUGCUGAGCAUGCUGCAGUCUCUGGCCUCGCUGGACGCCCGCUCCCAUUCCUCCAGCAACUCCACCGAACCUGAGACCGAGCUCUCAGCCAGCUCUGUCAACGGAGACUCUGGCGUGUCAUUUGCCAAGGCUCUGUACGACUACGCAGGACAAACGGACGAAGAGCUUUCGUUUCCUGAAGGCGCGAUCAUCCGUAUCCUGAGCAGAGAGACUCACGAGGAUGAUGGUUUCUGGGAGGGAGAGUUUAACGGCGUCGUCGGAGUGUUUCCUGCUGUUCUGGUGGAAGAUCUCACCGGCGUUAACGAAAACGGAGACGGACAGAAAGAAGGCAGCACACAAGCUUCUCCCUCCACCGCGCCUCUGUGCGAUCGCUCCCCCUGCAGUCCCUUUCAGUUGGCGCCGCUCCACAGCAGCCCGCUUCAGACGCCCACCACACCCUCCUCUGGAUCCGCUCCCUGCAGCGCCGCGACCUCUCCAGUCGGCCGGCCGCCCUCCUACCACAACGGACACCACCGGCCUCCUCCGGCGCCUCACAAGAGCCCGUAUCACAGUCCAGUUCAAGGAUCCUCUCAGCCUCCUAAAUAUCCAGAGGGCGGAGCUGGCAGCAUCAGACCUGUCCGUGCGGCUCCUCCUCCCCCAAAGCAGCAUCCUAGAGGCCAGGUGAAGCGUCGCGAGGAGGUGGAGAUCACGCUGGUGUGAAACCGGCCCAACAAGCACCCCCAAAGGAAACCCAGAGGACACUUAAAGGCCCCCUGAGGAGGCCUGGAGGAAGGAGAGGCCCCUGCGCUCAAAACCUCAUAGGAACGCGGUGCUUCAGAGGAAUAAUGUGCCUUUAUCGUCUGUUUUCCCCCGUUUGAUUUACAUCGUCCAAGAAAAUAGAGCUGAGUGCAGCCUCAGCUGUCUGAUCUGGAUCUUAAACAUCUAUGUUUCC